AUGGCUAACUUCCAAGAUGUUGCAAAGCAGUUCACCGAGUUCUACUACAACCAAUUCGACCAGGACAGGACCCAGUUGGCCGCUCUCUAUCGUGAGAAUUCCAUGUUAACCUUCGAGUCUGCCUCGGUCGCUGGUGCACCUGGAAUCGUUGAGAAACUUACUAGUCUCCCUUUUAAGCAAGUGAAGCACCAAGUUGCGACACUUGAUGCGCAACCGUCUGUGGAUGGGGCUAUUUUGAUUCUGGUUACCGGAGCUCUGCUAGUCGAUGAGGAGCAGAGACCAAUGAACUACAGUCAGGUAUUCCAGCUUCGUCCUGACGGUGGAAGUUACUAUAUCUUCAACGAUAUCUUCAAGCUGGUAUUCGGUUGA